UUUAUUUUUUUUUAAUUCUUUUGACCAGAGGGCGCAAUUAUUUCGAUCUGCUGCUCUCAUUUCAUCGACGCCGCUUCUCCGCCAUCGACACUGCUAUCCUUCUUUCGUAUAUAAAGAUCUUUGUCGGUGGAUGGUCUUAAUGGAGAAGCCGGCGGAUGAAAAUUCGCAGCACUUAACAACCCCUUCCAAUGAUGCUGUUCAUGACCAGGAUAGCAUGGCCCCUGCUUCUAUAAAUCACGGAGGCACGAAAUUGGAGUGUGAGGUUGCUGAAGAAGAAGUGAAAGGCAUACUUGAAGUUAUUGCAUCCACUGGGAAAUUCUGGCAUGAUUGGUACAAAUUGAAGAGCGUGCUAUCCUUUCAGCUGAAGCAGGUCUUGUCGGAGUAUCCUGAGUCAAAAAUGACUAGUGAGCAGCAAAAUGCGUCUUUAGGAGAAACCUACCCUGAGCUUGCAAAAAGGUUGGAUGAAGCUCUUCUUAGCUUUGUUGAAGGUCCGCCAUUUACCCUGCAGAGGCUCUGUGAGAUUCUAUUGGAAGGGAGGAGUAUUUAUCCAAGUCUCUCAAAGCUUGCUUUAGCACUAGAGAAGAACUUGUUGGUGACAUCUAUGAUGACCAUCUCUACUGAUCGGUAUCCACAAUCAACAAUGCAAAAGCCAGAUGAGCCAGAGAAAGCAAGCGAGGCAUCCGAGGGUCAUACCGAUUCAGUGCAAAAUGGGGCUGAACCUGUGGGAGGAGACAAGGAUGAAGUAAUGACAGAUGUAGAAGAGGCUGAUAUAGAUGAUGAAAUGACCAUUGACAUGGUAGCCUUUGAAGAAAUAGUUGGAGAGGCAGAAGCAAAACCCGAAGUAACUGCAUCCGAAGCAACUGCUAAUUCUUAGCCUACGAAGG